AUUUUAGUAAGCCGAGUCAUAAAUAACGCAAGCUUCUUUAUAAAAAAUUAAAAUUGAAGCUCCUGCCAAAAUCGCUUCUCAUUUGAACUGGCAACAAGUGAAGACAAUUGAAACCAGUCUCCACACUAAGCCGCGUCCAGACGGCCAUUACAAACAAUCCAUCUCUCCCUCUCUCUGGCCGGCCCCCUCUUUCAAUAUUCUCAUUGGAUGACCUAGUUACUCUCUUUCCUUCUCUUUUAACGCGCUUUUCGGUGUGUUUUUUUUGUGGGAUUUCGUUUGUGAAGUUAAAUGGCGAAAACUUCGCAGAAGAACACUGCGAGUACUAAUACUUCCAGUACUGUUGUUACUAAGGCAAAGCGGACGCGUAAAAGCGUGCCACGAGACUCGCCGCCGCAACGUAGCUCCAUCUUCAGAGGCGUCACCAGGCAUCGAUGGACGGGACGAUUUGAAGCCCAUUUGUGGGAUAAGAAUUGCUGGAAUGAAUCACAAAACAAGAAAGGAAGACAAGUUUAUUUAGGAGCUUAUGAUGAUGAAGAAGCUGCUGCACGUUCAUAUGACUUGGCAGCGUUGAAGUACUGGGGACAAGAAACCAUCCUAAAUUUUCCAUUGUCCACUUAUGAAGAAGAGCUCAAAGAAAUGGACAGUCAAUCAAAAGAAGAAUAUAUUGGAUCUUUAAGGAGGAAAAGUAGUGGAUUUUCUCGGGGAGUCUCAAAAUAUAGAGGCGUGGCCAGGCACCAUCAUAGUGGAAGAUGGGAAGCUAGAAUUGGGAGAGUAUUUGGCAACAAAUAUUUAUAUCUUGGAACCUAUGCUACUCAGGAAGAAGCAGCCAUGGCUUAUGACAUGGCUGCAAUAGAGUAUCGUGGCCUUAAUGCUGUGACAAAUUUUGAUCUUAGUCGAUACGUUAAGUGUCCUCGACCUAAUAAUCAAAACAACUCUAACCCUAACCCUACUUCUGGCAACCCUAAAGAAAGACCUGAAGGUGAUAGCAAUCAAAUUCCAAACCUAAAUCAUGAGCUUGAAUUAGGUUUUAUUGCAACCAAACCUCAGAGUUCGAGUGCUAGUGAAACAUCAAUUACUCCUCCACCGAAAAUGAACAACAGCAGUGGGUCAACCUCAUCAGCAGUAGGGUUUCUACUACAAUCAUCAAAGUUUAAGGAAAUGUUGGAGAACACUUCAGUUGUCGAUUGUUCAUCGUCGUCAUCAGAGGUGGGUCCUUCACGUCGAAGUUUUCCUGAUGAUAUUCAAACCUAUUUUGACUCUGAUUGCUACACUGAUAGCGAUGACAUCAUUUUUGGUGACUUAAAUUCGUUCAUGUCACCACUUUUCCAUUGUGAGCUCGAUAAUUAGAGGAGCUAUACUCAGCAAGCUUGGCAAAUUAUUAAUUUUUUUCCUUAGAAGUUACCCUAAAACAUUGUUAAAAUUAUUUGUGAAUAUUUUGAAGAUAAGAGUGGUGAAGGGAGAAUGAAAAGGAUGAAAAGUAAGAAGGCAUAUACUUUGUUUUUAAGAAAAUUUCUUUUCUUCUUACUAAAUAUGUUGGGAAGAAGAAUUAAAGUUUGCUUAUUUUUAUUGGUUGAUUUUACAUGUAGAUGCUAAUGAAUAUAAAAAUUAUUUAUUUAUCAA